GGCAGGGGGCGUGGCCUGGGCUCAUUCGCAGCAGGUUGGGUUGGUCGGGUGGAGCUGUCUCUGUUUAGGCAGGUGGAACAUGGAGAAAGAGGAAGGAAGGCAGUGAGAGCAGGCACCGGGGAAACAAAGGGGGACGAGGCAGCCGGCCAGCAUCGUUCACGGAUCUCUUCCCUGGUUUGAAAAUGUUACAAAUUAAGUAACUGAUGUCCACUAUGUCUACCAAGGUAGAACUGUCAACCAGAAGCACACGGAGUGACAUUUUAAAUGAUGCUAAACCAUCUAGGACAUUUGUUAGUCCUCUUUCAGAUGCCAGCAAUAAGUCCACUGAUACAGGUAUAUCCAGCUCCCUAAUUAUUGAAGAUACCAUAGCAAAUCCUUCCAAAACCGUGAGCAUGUUUAACAGUGGAAUAAGGCCAAGAUCCUCGCCGAAGCCUUUUUCAAGAGAAAAACUUCCAGAAAGCAGAAAGUCAACAGGAAUGCCUUUCACCUUCUCUGGAGAUGUGAAGCAACAAAGUGAUGUGCCAUUUCAAGCCACUACCAGCAUAUCAUUAUCUGGUAGUACAAAAAGUAAUGAAAGUGAAAGAGUAGGUCGUCGAAUAUUCACAUCAUCCCCUCAAGCAAACACAGAUGAAGACCAAGACAAUAGGUCAGAAUUGUUUUCUUCAACAGCAGUGGGUAGGAGACAGACCACCCCAGGUUGGCACCCAGUAACAAACACUAUUGGUGAAUCUAAGCCUACUGCACAAACUGAGGAUAUGAAAGUCACUUCUAAGCCCCCAAUAAUGUCUAGAAAACCUGAACUUUCUCAACAGGAACCAGUCUACCCAGUCUACUCAAGACGAACCUUUUCAGGUGUGGAUGAAUCAAGAGAGCCUGGAUAUAAAAGUGUAGAAAACACUAAACCUGAAAACAUUGAUAGCUUAACAGUUAGAGAUCAGUUAAGGCAAAAACGGCGUCCAGUAUCUGCUGUGUUUCUAGGAUCAAAUGAGCCCGUAAGUGACCAAAAAGUAGCCGACGAACCAAGAAAAUGGAACAGAAGACCUCUUUCUGAAGAUCUUACCUCAUUGUUUGAAAGCAGAGUCAAUGGAAACAAAAAUGAAAAUCCCUCUGAAGAAACUAAGGAAAAUAGACCUUUUAGGAAAAAUUCGCUAACCAACAGCAGCAUGGACGAACAGUCUAGUCUAGGCGCCAAGGAAGGGGAUCAGGCUGGUGAUAAAAACAUCUCCAGUGACACUAGAACAGGUGUAAGUGGAAUUUCCUUAAGACAUGCAUAUUCUACACGCAUCGAUAAAGACAAAACCAAGGAAGUGCCAUCUAACAAGCAACAAGAAAUAGCUGAUGUUGGUGAAAAUGUUAUGAAGAUGUCAACAAAUAUCAACAACCAGUCUUCAAAGUUUCUCCCUGAUUCAUAUGAUGGUUCCUCUAGUGAAGUAAAGAAGUCUGAUGAAAGUGGAGUUGUCCCUGGAGUUAUAAAAAGGCGCCUUAGUCUUUAUAGUGCCAAUACCGGUUCCUCUGAGGAAGCAGAUGUGCCUUUAAACACAGACAACAAAAGUACUGCCAACAUUGAGAGAAAACUUAGAAGCCAUGUCCCUGAUAAGGACACAAAGUCAGCUACAGAAUGGGCAACAUCGCCAUCUCCGACUGUGACUACAGAUUUUGCAAAAAGAUUCUUUAAUUCCCCUUCAAGACUGGAUCUGAAAUCUGAGAAACCAAAUGAAGAAAGGAGGAGUAGUUUUUCCUCUCAGGAUUAUGCAGCUCAGAAGGAAAAAAAGGACUGGCAAAAUAGUUCAUUACUGGAGGAAAAAACAUUCGGGCCAAGAAGGUCAAUCAAAAGAUAUGAUGAACCUGUACAGCUUGAGGAAAAUGCAGAUGUAACAAAAGACAGAAGAGAUUAUAGUUACAAAGAUAAAUUCUAUGAUGCAAAAACCGAUGCAUCAGAAGUAAAGGACAAAAAUUCUACCCAAGUAGAAAAAUCUGCAAAAACUGUAAAAGCAACCAUCUUUGAACACAAUGUGGAAAGGCAUAAUCCUCCUGAUGUAUACCACUUGGGAAGUCUUACAUCCAACCCAUCUCCCAAAAGUACUGUAAUGUCUGAAUAUCUUCCGGCCAAACAUGAAUCCUCAAGUUGGUUAGAAUGGUUAAGUGGCGAUAACGUGCACUCUAAAACACAAAUUAAAAGGGACCUCAAAGUAGCAGACAGUAAACUUAGUGAAAGUUCCGUUGGGACUGUUUUGUAUUCCACAGAAAUUGGAAAUUUACAAAGAGAGAGGCUUAAAAACCUUAAGAAUGUUGAUGAGAACAGGAGAGUAGAGCCGAGGUAUGAAGUAGUCCAAGCUGUAGGGGAAAGAGUUCUAAGUGAAUCUAUUGAAAUGGCACCUGAAGACAAAGCCGUGACUCUUCGAUCUAGACGAUCUUUUCACAACAAAGAUCAGGAACUAGUCAAAGAUGGGAAUGAACGUCCAGGAACUAGUCUCCAAAGAAGUAAGAGUGAGUAUCGAAAGAGAAAUACCCUGAGUCCCCAGGAAAAUUCCCCAGGAAAAUUAUUUUCUAGAGACACUGAAUUUCCAUUUGAAGGAAUAAAUGCCCCUAGAACAGAGAAAAAAGAAUUUGUAAAUGUAUCAUCUGAAAGUCUUUUUAGCAGUAAUCAAAAUUCUUUAAAUGAUGAGACUGACUUACAUUUUAAAGAGAAAUCUUAUGAAUCAAAUAAUAGGAAAGAAAAACCGGAAAAUACACUGGGUAAAUAUUCUUCAGACUAUUCUUAUUUUGGAACUAGUGCAACAGAUAAGGGAGAAGUGAAAAACCCUUUCAGAAGUUUCAAUCAACAAAGUGACAAGUUGAUUAGUUCUCGCAACUCAAUAGAAAAAGAUUCAGAAAAAGGUAUUAAAACUGUGAAGGAGGAUGCAACCACUGCGAAUCCAAAUGUAAGAGAUGAAACAAAUUGUUUAACCCAAGUGAAAGAGUAUAAAAAGCUAUCAUCACUUAAUCAGUUUAAUCCUCAAAAAGGAUUGUCAACCAAGAACAUCAAUAAAGAGGAGUCAAAUGACUUUACUGACGUCAUGCUGAAUACGGAAAUUGAGCAAAUAAAGAGAGAAUUAUUCACCCGAAGGUCGAUGAAAGAAGCUGAUAGCUUUCCAAAGAAAGAGUACAAGGAAGAAUUUAAAGAAAAUACUACACUGCUAAAAAGUAAAGACUUCUUUCAAGAAGGAGAGAAUAUCAGUGAUGACACGCAUAGGCGAUCUAGCCUGUAUAAAUUUGAGCGUGAUGACAUAAGGAAAAAGACAGAUGAAUUAAGCCUAUCAUAUGAAAAAAAAGACAACAUAGAUAUUAGUGCUGCUAAAGACCUAACUCCGAUGGAUAAGAAAGCAACAUAUUUUGCAGUAACCGGUAUAGAUAGUAAAAAGCAUAGGAACGAUGAAGUUCAAAGUCAGAUCAGCAGUAAUACCAGUUUAACGUCUGAGGAUUACUUUAAGCGUAGCAUAAAAAUGGGCAUAAUCAACUCCAACUCACAUCAUGAUUCUUUCACACCAGAAGAAAAAAAUACUGAUAAAGAUAUAGAUAACUCACCUGCCUCAAAAGAAUUAAAAUCAUACAAAAAUGUGCAAGUUCUUCGGGAUAAUUUAGUAGAAAAGCCAUCUGGAAGACGCAAUAUUAUUGAUAUUGAUGCUUUGAUUAAGAGACACAAGCAAAAGUCAAGUGUAGAUGAUAAAGGUCCAACAUAUCUAGAUUCCCCAACAAAACCUAUGCAGAAGUCCCAUUUCAUGGAGCCAGAGAACACACACGAGUCAAAUACCAAAGGACCUUCUCUUAAGCUUGAAGGAACCUAUAAAUCUAAAAUCUUGGAUGUUGAUUCUCUGAUGGCUGACUAUAAUGCUAGUCAAAGGAAGGAUAAAGAGAACAAGGCCAGAGAUGAUGAUCAUAAUUUGCCUCACUGGGAAAGGUCAAGAUCUUUUAGAGAGAGUAUCUCAAAAGGUUCAAGCAACAAAUGGAAAGAUCCCUCAAUUAGACAAUUUACUAAUGAUGAAGGCAACAAGUAUGAGGCUGUUACCUCACGGUAUUCUUCAUCACAAGUAUUUACCUCUGCAAAGGAUGAUCUUAAGCAAGAUGUGUCAAAAAGUUCUACAUUUUUAGAUAAUUUGAAUGCUUUAGCAGAAGGAAGUUAUGAGAAAGAUCCAUAUAAAGUAAAAGAGGGUCAAGGCAUUCAGGAGUCUUCAGUAAGAACCAUGAACUAUAAAGCACAAUCAACACAAUCCUUUGAAUCAACGACAACAGAAGCAAGAUCCAAUUUACAUUUGCAAGGAAAACAAGUGCAAAUAAAGAUGAGUGAUGAUGAUCAAAAGGAAAUUCACGUGGUAGAGCGUGAACACCAGAGCUUUACACGUAGGGGAUCCAUUCCAGAGGAAAAGACACCGACACCUUCUGAACCUAAAAAAACUGCGAAAGCUAGUGAUUUAAUCAGCCUUAUGCUGGAAAAUAAAGAAAGGAGAAUGGAGUGGCAUCGUUCUAGGAAAAGUGUUCCAGUGGAACUACCACAAGAGCCAAAAAUGCAACGAUUAGUGAUUCAGCAGGAAUGGAUACACAGUGAAAGCAAGGAAUUUUACAAAACAGAAGAACUUAAACCACAUCCAACAAGAGUACGAGAAAUGGAGCUUGUGACAGAUCUGUCUAGGAGGAAAAGUCUAAACCAACGUAAAGAGUACUCAAAAAUCUCAAAAGAGGAUCACGUAAAGCAGUGUUUCUCCAGAUCCUCCACCUCCAAUAAGGACACAGAUUCUCUUGUGCAAGAAACUGACAGACAGUAUGGCACAUGGAGUCAGGAUAAGCAAAAGCCUGAGGACAGCUUUGUGCAAGAAUCUUCGUCAUACGAUAACAUCAGCGGCCGCAAACAGCAGUCACACAGCCGCCUGUCCUCUCUGUCCCACACUGAGACUGACCAGCAUGAUUCCAUCACUGAAGCUCGUGAAGGGAGUCUGGAUAGAUCCAGCAUGGAUUUUGACUCCACCGACGGCACAGCAAGCACCCCAUCUUUUCAUGAAGCCAAAGCAGUUGAUUUCUCUUUCGUGGAUCAAACUUCGGUCUUGGAUUCCACAGCACUCAAGAACAGGGUUCAGCUAAGUCGGAAGAGCCAGCGUCGUGCACCUAGCCAGUCACAGCGCAGAAGUCGACUUUUGGUGUCCAGUAGCCAACUUGCAGUGAUAGAAGAUACAGACAGUCCUUGGAUGUUCACUGAUUCUACAGAAGACAAACCUGAGAAAAAGGAUGAGGUUGAUGGGGAAGAAGAAAAGCCUCAAAGGUCUUCACUUCCAUCCCAGAGGAUGCCGAUGUUUCCCGGAAUGGACCACUCCACUCUGAUGGCCCAGCUUCGGAAAAGACAAGAGACAGAAAGUAGUAGCGAAUCAUCAACUCAACCUUCCUCACCUCAAGCUUCUGCUCAACCCUCAAGAUCGCCAAAAUCCCCUUUACCACAAGGAACAAUUGGUGUCAAACUCUUGCCGACCUCUGCGGACAUACAGGACAGAGGGGCAAGUGCAUCCCCACAGUGGUUACAGGAGCUGAAAUCAAAGAAGAGACAGAGCCUAUAUGAGAACCAGAGUUAACAGAACCAACAGUCAACCAGAAGAGGACACAGCAGUUUAACAUAAGCCUUAAUCCACCCAGCCCUACAGAUGCACAUCUUUCUGCUGUCUUGCUUCAUCUCAACUGCAAUGUGUUCCGUGCCUUCCCAUUUUUGCGGGGAAAAAAAGCUGCUUAGUACUUACACAGAUACAAACAAAAAUGUAUUUUAUUGUAGAAAAGAUAAGUCACUUUAAAACUGAAAAGGAUACCUACUUGAAACAGAGCUGUACAAAAGCCAAAGGUCAUGCCUCCUGAUGACCUAUUGAUAUGGAGGGAGUCAGUGGACAGUGGUCGCUAGCGCUUGUCAGUGGAGCGAAUGUGUAAGCGUGUUCUGUAUGCGAAGGACUCAAUGUAGAAU